AUGGCGCAGCAGUGCUGCAUGAAGGCCAAGGCUUUGCGGGGUGAGGGAGAACAUCUGGAGGUGGGGGAGAGGCUGCAGAGCCCUGCAAAGAGUGCUGCCUCAGGGUUGAUGCCACCCACUGCUGGAGCCUCCUGGAUGUCCUGGCUGCACCAGCAGCAUACUAGGGACUGGACCUUCCUGCUGCAGUGGCUGGUGGCAGUCAUGAAGUACUGGGCAACAUGGGAGCAGCAGAAGGUGUGGAAGGAAAAAGUAUUAAAGAAUGGCACAGAAACCUUUCAAAUCUGGGAGAACCCUCCUCCCCCCGUCUACAUGCAGUUCUAUUUCUUUAAUUUGACAAAUCCUUUAGAAGUGAUUAAUGGAGCAACCCCUUUUGUGGAGGAAAUAGGGCCAUAUACCUACAGAGAGUACAGGCCAAGAGUGAGUGUUCACAUUUUGGAGAAUGGCACCAAAGUAUCAGCUCUUAACCCAAAAACCUAUGUAUUUGAUCCAGAGAAGUCCAUUGGAGACCCUGAAGUGGAUCUGAUCAGGACUGUAAAUAUUCCUGCAGUGACUGCAAUGGAAUGGGCCCAGACAAGUCCCCUGCACCUGCCCCUACAGCUGAUACUACUAUAUUACAGAGAAGAACUGUUUAUAACACGCACUGUUCAUGAAUUACUGUGGGGCUACAAAGAUAGGCUUCUGUCAACCAUUCAUUUCUUCUAUCCUGAGGUGGAUUCGGAGUUUGGUUUAUUUAACAAGAUGAAUGGGACAGACGACGGGGAAUAUGUUUUCCUAAGUGGGUCAAGGAACUACCUUAACUUUUCAAGGAUUGUGGAGUGGAAAGGAAAAAAGUCUCUGGAUUGGUGGACCACAAAGACUUGUAAUAUGAUCAAUGGGACAGAUGGAAAUUCUUUCCAUCCCCUGAUAAGCAAAGAUGAAAAACUCUAUGUUUUUGCUUCUGACUUCUGCAGAUCUCUGUAUUUGACGUUUGACAGCUUUAGGAGUGUGGCAGGGAUCCCUGCCUAUCGCUUUGUGCCCCCUGAAGAGCUCUUUGCCAAUACUUCUGUUAAUCCAGACAAUGCUGGAUUCUGUGUGCCAGCAGGAAACUGCCCUGGAACAGGUGUCCUGAAUGUCAGCAUCUGCAAGCAGGGUGCCCCCAUAUUUAUAUCAUCCCCACAUUUUUACCAAGCAGACAAAAAGUAUAUUAACAGCAUACAGGGCAUGAAUCCAAAAAAGGAAGAUCAUGAGAUAUUCCUAGAUCUCAAUCCAUUGACAGGGGUGCUUCUCCAAGCAGCCAAGCGAAUCCAGAUCAACAUCUACAUCAAAAAAAUGCCUGAAUUUUUUGACACAGGCAGGAUCAGAACGCUGAUUUUCCCUGUGAUGUAUAUAAAUGAGAGUGUUUUGAUUGAUGAAGCAUCUGCCAGUAAGCUGAAAUACGCUCUGUUUGAAGCCACUCUAUUAAAGAACAUCCCUUUUGUAAUCAUGGCACUUGGUAUUAUUUUUGGGAUCAUUUUCAUUGUGCUUGCGUGCCGGUCCCGUGGAACAAAGGAUGAGGGUACUGAAGACGAAAGGGCUUCGCUCAUCAGGACAUCCUAGUAUUUUCUCCCUAACAAGUGAGCUUGAUGAAUAAACUAUGCAAGCCAAUCUAAUACCAACCACUAUGCAGCCUUCUCCACUGUGGAAAAAUGAUCAUGCUUAUUAUGAUUAUUCAUAAUACCGUGUAUGAGGAAAACUGGAACACAAUUGAAGGAGGUGACUGUUCUUACCAGCCGCUAAGCUAUGAUUUUAAAAUUGGAUUUUAAAGUGGCUUGAUAUUCUGCAUUUUCAUACUCUGAAAUGUAGUAUUUAAUAUCCCCAGUGCUGUCUUUUUUUUUUUUUUAACACAAGAAAGCCAUAGACACUCAUAGCCACAGACUUAAACACAAUGAUUCGUUAUUAGGAUUAUGUGAGGUGUAUUUGCAAAAGCACCUUUGUGACUUGGGUUUCUAUGUGUUUAAGACUCUUGAAAAUAGAACAUGAUCUUCUAAAUCACAUGUGAACACUUGAAAAUGGUGCCCUUAGUCUAAUAUGUAUAUGGUACAUCAGACUUCUUAUCGUCAGUGCAUACGUUGACUGCUUAAUAGUUGUCAUUCUUUAGUCCUUUUAUCUCCAGAACUUAUUUCUGAUUCUAAACUAAAUGCUGUUUUAACACUAAUAGUCACCAGCUGUAAAAAAGCUUUACGUAACACAUUUUCUUAUAUCAGUCUGACAUACCUUAGUGUUGCUUGAAAUCCCAUUGUGUUCUGUCAAUAAACUUCCUUUCCAGGUUUUCCAUUCCAGUUUUGGUUGGUUGAGGGUAUGGUAGAGAGUUAUUUUUUUAGUCUCUGAGGUGUCUCACAAGUACCUUUCAUGUGAUGGAUUGUAGAUGUAAACUUUGCCAGAUUAUUUGCAGUUGCAUUCAUUAUUUAAGAAACAUGUAGCUCUUCCACACUAAGGUACAUUUGGAAACUAAAGAAAAACAGUGUGAAUGUUUAAAAUAGUGAUCGUUUUAAAAAUCCCACGUGUAAAAUAUCAUGAAGAAGGAACUUUUGUAGAUCAUAAUAGAAAGAGUAUUCUUAUUGAAAAGUGCUUCCCUCAAAUAAAGGCAGUGAAACAGA